AUGCCAAUCUGGUCUGAACUUCUCUCAGAACUCCUUCAACUUGUCUACAAACACUUACACCUUACCGAUCAACUUCGAUUUGGUUUAGUUUGCAAGUCAUGGCUUCUGGUAGCCAACAAAAAACCUUAUCCCCCAGCACCCGAGCAUCCAUGGUUGAUGACAAAGAGAGGCAACCAUAAAGAACCAUACGAGUUUUUAAGCCUCACAGAUAAAAGGGUUUACAAGAUGUACAAGUUUCCACAACAUGAGUCCAUCAAAGGAUGCUCUAAAGGCUGGUUGGUCACAACAAAAGACCGCGAGUUGGACCUCUUAAACCCCAUAUCUAACGUUCAAUUUCUACUCCCACAUCAUUUUCAGUUUACAUAUGUCCCAGAUGUUUGCAAAAUCAAGAAAGCCAUCAUGUUGCAUGGUUCAGACACUUUUGUUGCAGUGCUUUUUUGCCUGGGAAAUUUGGCCAUUUGCAAAGUAGGAGAGCAGAUAUGGAGAAAUACCUCCACUUCUAUAAAUUACGACGAUAUCAUAUUUUACAAGGGAAAGUUAUUUGCAACGUAUAUUAAUCAUGAUAACCAAGCAUGCUUCAGUCUUUUUAGUGUACAUGAUUAUGACAGGUUUAGUGUUAGUUUGGUGCCAGAGUCUGAUUUUUGUAUAGGUUUCGCGAGAUUCAGCCUCAGCACAUACCUAGAUACAUCGAUAUACUUGGUGGAGUCUUGUGGGGAUUUAUUGAUGGUGACUAGUAGACACAGACAAACUGGAUUUGAUGUUUUCAAGUUAGAAGUGAAUGGUAGCCAAGGGCGAUACAUUAAGAUUAAAGAUUUGCAUGAUCAAGUGUUGUUUUUGGGUUAUGGUUAUUCUUUAUCUCUUGCAUCACAAAAUUCUCCUCCGGGACUAAAAGGGAAUCAUAUAUAUUGUAGUGGCUCCUACUUUAGUCAUUACAAAGUUGUUUUUUCACUCAAAGAUGGAAGCAUUAAAUCAUUGCCACCUCGAAUGGCUAAUCUGGAAGAUCCAAUUUGGUUCACACCUACACUUACUUGA